AUGUAUAUCAUUGGAUUUUUGUUACUCUUAUUUUUACCGGACAUCGCUUAUCAGCAGGAAUAUCAAACAAUUCCUCUUCGCUUUGAUAUAGCCAUCAAUCAACUUCUUCAACGUCAUCAUUACACAUUUCACGAAAUUGACUAUGACGCAUAUAGUUUCACACCUGCUGAAAUGCUGGGACUUAACUUACAUUCCUCUGAAAGCAACGAAACAACCAAGUGUGAACAAGACUUUGUAUUUUUGGUUAAAGCAGCUUUAAGACGUGAUCUGUGGGCACUUAAAAUCUUUGAUUCAUGGGGUAAACCAUUACCAUCUGGUUUACUCAAAGGAAACAUUUUGUGGACGGGCAAUUAUGAUGAAUGCCUAGAUCCAUUAUAUCAAGUAGUGAAUAAAACAUUUGUACAACAACCAUUCGAUAGUCAAUACUGUGCUCUUUCUCUAAGUGGAACGACAUCUGAAGGUAAGAUGUCUUCUGGACUUACUCUUGGCAUCUGUGUACCUUGGUCGUGUGAUCGCCAAUCAAUUACUAUACUAGCUCGAAGUCUAUUCAAAAAAGAUAAUAUUACUGAAAAUAAUCUUCUCUGUUCGAAUGAUGCUGCUAGCAAACAAAAGAGUCUAUCUCGUGGUGUAGUGGUCACAUGUGUUGUUCUCUCAUUACUCGGUCUCCUCGUGCUAAUUGGUACCAUCGUUGAUCUUCUUGCUUCUCGUCUUAAAUCAGUCAAUCAUGUUGCUUCGCACAUAAAUGGAUAUGAUCGCAUAUCGAGUAUCAAAUCGACUGAGAGUCAAUCGAUUACACCACCACAAUAUUCACAUUUUUCCAAUCAAACUCUACUAAGUGCAACACCUCGAACAGUAUUCUUUGCUCAAUUUUCGGCUAUACGUACAUUACGUCGUAUUUUUACAAUGACAAAAAAAGACGAUGAAAAUUCACUUGAUUUUAUCCAUGGUCUUCGUGUACUUUCGCUUUUCUGGGUGAUUUUCGGCCAUUCAAUUCUAUUUAGCUUAUUCUAUACAAGCAACCCUGUCGAUGUACUUGCUUGGUCUGAUAAUAUGGCAUUUCAAUUGAUUACUAGUGGUAUAUUGAGUGUUGAUACUUUCUUUGUUCUCAGUGGCUUUUUGACAACAAUUAUCUUUGUUCGAGAAGUCACUAAAGCAAAACUUUCGUUUCGUCUUUUCAUUCUUUAUUACGUUCACCGAUAUAUUCGUCUUACGCCGACGUUUCUUCUUGUUAUUCUUAUCAGUAUCAAUUUGACACCAUUCUUUGGUCGUGGGCCUAUCUAUCCAGCCGAAACAGGAUUUGAAUCCGACGGUUGUAGACAUCGUGGUUGGUGGACAGAUAUUCUCUAUGUUGGGAAUUUAGUUUAUCCCAAUGAUAUGUGUCUCGGUAUUUCAUGGUAUCUUCAUAAUGAUAUGCAGUUUCAUUGGAUUGCACCACUUGCGCUGAUUCCUUUCGUCAUCGGUCGAAAGUCGAUUGGAUAUUUUGUUGCCAUUCUAUAUGUUCUUGUCGGCAUGGGAUCGAUUUUAGGCAUUCUUCUUUAUUAUCGCACUAUGUCAUUGAAUCUGCUUGUAGAUGCCACGAACUUGAAUGGUCCUAGCUUCUUCAACAAGAUCUAUAUUACACCAUGGUGCCGUAUUUCAGCGUAUGCUAUUGGUCUUCUCACUGGUUUUAUUGUUAUCAACGUCGGUCGUUCAUAUCAUUCUAAUACCUAUACUAAAAUAUUUGGAACUCUUCUAUCGAUUGUAGUUGGUCUGACCUGUGUCUUUGUGAUGUAUCUCGAUUAUGUUCUCAUAGCAGGCCUCAAUCGACCAGAACUCAUUGCAUAUCAAGUAUUGUCUCGUCCAUGUUGGGCAUUAGUGAUUGGAUGGAUUCUAUUUUUGUGUAGUACAAAUCAAGGUGGAAUAGUCAAUACGAUUCUUUCAUGGCCAGUUUGGGCUCCUCUAGCUCGUCUUAACUAUUCGGCUUAUCUCAUCCAUUUGACUGUUAUGCUUACAACUAUAUACAAUCAAACAAUUCCCAUUUACAAUCAACCAUUCAUGAUUCUUAACACUUACGUUUCAUAUCUAUUCUUUAUCUAUAUUACAGCUAUUGUUGUCGUGAUUUUUUUUGAAAACCCAUUCUUUGUUCUUGAAAAAUACAUAUUCAAACGUUAG